AUGUACUUGGCUGAUGCUCUGAUUAAAUGUCGUCCACCAUGUCAUCCGAUGCACUUUGUUUGUGUAUCAUCAACUCUAUUCAGGUUGUGUGGUAGAUCGUGGCCAAGAUGGAAGCUGCCUAGAGAAGCUGGCGACUGGGAGGCUGUGUUUCGGCCACGGUCAAGAUCCGGUUGGAGAGCCUAUGCCCUCAGUAAAUUUGCCAUCACCCUACUGGCGUCGUGUCUGAAUAGACUUGAAGGAGUCACGGCGGUGGCAGUGAAUCCUGGCAAUGCAAUCACGAACGUUUCACGAAAUAUGCCUAUUCGACACCGGAAAAUUCUCGGAAUGUUCAAGAAUACACUGAUCAGUGUGGAAGAAGCGGCAUCGAACGUCGUUCGGGCUUGUCAUCAUCCGCUUCCUGAAGGCAAAUUCUACGAUCAGUCGAAGAUGUCGUCACUGCCGAAAGCGCUCACAUCAGAACGUAAUAUGUACAAUCUCAAUUAUCUAUCACAGCAGUUGGUGUUGAAUAUCAUGCAGACGACGAAUGACUAA